UUAGUCCCUAUCCUUGGCCCCACUUGUCAUCCUCGCCCGCCUCCCACUCCAUUCCCCUUUGCUCCGCUCGCUCCAGUCGUCCGGCGCCGACACGCUGUUCCCUCGCCGUGCCGCCUCCACCUCCACCUCGACUGCGUGCGCUAGCCUGCCCGCACUUUCCACGACCCGGCUUGCCUUCGGAGCGAGGAGAGGGAAACGAUGGUGGCCAUCGCCGCGCUCGCGGACGGCAAGAGGUGGGCGGGGAUUUCUCAGACGGGGAAGCCCGGCGCGAAGGCUCCUAAACCCAUCAACUUGCCGAACCAGAGGUUGGACAGCCAUGGCCUCCGCAGUGACAAGAUUGUUCCAAAGGGCACGACCACUUGGGACGGCAAAUCAAUGCUCCCAGCAUCAAAUGCAUGGGCUUCACCUUUGCUUCUGAAUCCCAAGAAUGAUGGAACUUCUGGUUCACCUAGCCACAUUGAUGAUCGUCCUUCUUCCCGAGGAAGCUCGACGUCAUCAUCAUCAGUUGGAAGUGACUUCCUUGACUUACCAUCGUAUCGUUUGCCAAUGGCCGCAAAUUAUCCUCGAAGUACAGAGAAAAGAUCAGGGAGCUUGCAAGUUUCUCGUUUUCCAGAUUCUUUCAGUAAUGUUCUAAAAGCACCGUUGAAAGCUGUUGGCAGACGGGCAGCAACAUCACAGGGGAAAGGGUUCAGCCUAAGUAUGGAUGAUUUCCCAGUACUUGGCUCCAAAAACUCUGCGUCAACCAGUCAACAAGGGCAAAUUUCAGGAAGGUGGCCAACUAUUGCUUCUGGUAUUGUGGCAACACAAGAUAAACAAGGAAAGAACCAGAUAACUGGAACUGGUGAGGUAAUUUUGUCUUGCAGUUAUGAGCAUGAAAUUAUCUCAAGAAUGGACUAUGUUUGCAAAGGAGGCGAUCCUAUUCCUGCUGCAAAGUGGAUGAGGGGAGCUGAGCAGGCUCAACUGCAUGAUCCCCAAGUUCCUAAUAUAUGUAUACCUCCUCCAUUGUUGGAUUACUGGCAUCGUCCUCCUGAUCAGCCACCUGAUGAAAAUGGAAAAUCGCAUAGUGGAGAGGUGCCAUAUGGUCCGUACAAGCAUGCUGACCCGACUGGCUUUGCUGUUGAAUCUCUUGCUCAUUGUGAUCAGUUUGCGCUCAACGAGGAGGCACUAGCACAGCAGGAUAUUGGACAUGGUGGGUAUUAUCCAGACAAGAGGGAUAUAUCUCAUGCUCACAUGCCUGCUGAUUGUUGUGUCAUAAAUCAAUCUUGCCAUGUUCUUGGGAAGGUCAAGAAUGGCCAUGCAGAUGUACUUGAGAUCGAGAAGCAACCUAUCAUCAAGAAGGAUGUGGCUCUAUUAGAGAAAAUCAAGUGUCUAAACAACAAAGCUAGAAAUUUCCGUGCCCUUAACUUGUCCAAUCUACCUUCAUCUCUACUCAAGGACUCCAAGGUUAAACACCCAAAAAUCAUCCAUGUCGAGGAAGAUCCUGCGACAAAAUAUGUUCCCUUCAGUGCUUCCACCAGUGAGACUGGUCCUGUCUUUGACAGGCUUAAUUCUGUUUCUCAAAGCAGCAGUUCUGUGCCAACUAAUCCAUCAAAUGGGCCUGAUAAGGGUGUAACUGUUGUUUGUCUGUCAGAAAAGCAAGUUACUGAAUUCAGCCAAGCUGGAAAAGUUGUUAAAUCUGCUGAUCGCCAUUCAUAUGGAAAAAGCGAUAUCUCAAGAAACAUGCUUGAUGGUUCUGCUCAGGACAUGCCAUCCCGUAUUACUGGACAUGGACGUGAAGAGCACUCCAUGGUUGACUCUUUGCGAGGAGUUCUUAUGGUAGAUGCUCAUCAAGACCAACUUCUUUCUAGGAACACCUCACAGCAGCCACAUGUGACGGUCGCUGAUAAGGAGUCAAAUUGGCUUCAUUGUGAAGACCAGCAUUCCAGAAUGAGAUAUUUGUCUGCUCAAGCUGCGAAACAACUACAGGAUGCGGAGAAGUGGAUUAGUCAACAAAAUACAAAUGCUAUUGCAAAACUGGAAGAAUUGAGGAGGUAUCAAUCAAUACAGAGUCAGAAGUCCAAUGAUGCGCCCCCAGACGCAGAUAUGUACUGCAAACCAAAAACGCGAGAUGACGUGACUGCUAAAUGUGCUAGUUCAGUGGCAGAUACAUGUUGUAUUGUCUCUGCUGAUGGUCAUAAUGCGCCUCAGCCAGUAGCUGGAGUCAAGAUUAGUGAAGUUUCUAUUGGUUCCAGUGCAGCAUCAAAUACUUCAGGUCUUAGUAAAGGUUAUAAGUUCAUGUCUUCAGCCAAGAGCACACAGGCUAACAUGAUGGAACACAUUUCCCUCAACUCACUGUCACAUGACAACAGUACUCCAGAACACUGGCCAAUGGAGAACAGACAUAUGCAUUUUGGUUCAUGGGAGAGAAAUAUAACAGAUAGGGAGAUACCUGCAGACACGAAGGGUGUUGAAACUAAAAAUCAUGACGACCUCUUGACCAGAAACAAGAGCAGCAGGAGGAACUUCAAUUCAGUUAGGCCUGCAGCGCCACCUGUGUUUAAUGAGAAGAAUUCUACAGAAGUCCCGAGUAUGCAAAAAACCCAUGUUCCAUGUAUUGCCAUUAAUAGUUCUAUAAUUCCUGCCAAGGUUACUUCUGUUACAGGUCUUAUUGUGGGUAAUAUAAUGCUUGAUGAUGUUCCACUUGCAUCAGUAAACCGGGAGUGGGCAGUACUGGCGAAGGAAGUACAUGAUACAGCUAGUAGCUUCUCAGGCAGGUCAAGAAAUCAGAAAGAACCAGCAUGGUCUACUGCCUGUCGAGACUCCAAUUUCAAACGAUAGUGUCAUGUGCAAACCGAUUAAACAGACAGGCAGGAAAGAAGAGCAUGCAGAAGGAGGUCCGCAUGGUAUGGCUGUAGUUGAUGGACUUGCUUCGGUGGUGCAAAAUCUCGCUAAACCGGUAGAGUACUUCAAUGUGGCAGAUGUUAUACAGGAGUCAUCUGAUCAGUGGCAGCAAGGAGAUGUGCAAUUUGAGUCCAAGGCCCAUGGUGGUACAGAAGACCGUUCAAAACUAACUGAAAUGGUGUCCUUGCCUGGCAAUACUUGGGAAAAGCAUCCGGCGACUGACAGUCCAAGGCGCUACCAUGUUGAGGCCCAAAGGAAUGUGGGGAUUCGCUUUGGUUACAGGGAGAGGGCAGGCAGGGGACGCUUCUUCCACGAAUCACCAGCUCCGUCUAGGGCUCGCUGGAUGCCUAAAUACAUCUCCCAUCCUCAGAGCGAUGCACAAUAUGAUGGGGUCUCUGAAUGGCUGCAGGAUUCCCACCAAUUGUUAUUGGGCAUGGACAACUCACAGGGAUUGGACAGCAAACCGACUCAGAUAUCUGACAGAGAUGCUGGAAUGGAUCUGCAGGGUGGAGAAGGCAAUGUAGGCAUGAGCUUCGUAGAUGAAAACCCCUUGAUAUGGAACGAAACAGAGUGGGAGUAUCAGCCUCUCUUUCCAGCGCCACAUCGCCUUGGCCAACGACACGGUGACACGAGUGGUGAUGGUCAAAGGGGUAGAGGCAGACAGUACCGCCAACAGCACGGUGACGCGAGUGAUGAUGGUCAGAGGGGUAGAGGCGGACACUCUGAGUACCACUAUCCGGAGCCGGUAAGAUCUCGUGAUACCGCACCUGACAUCCAGCGGAACCCCGGCGGUGCUGACAAUCAUCAGUAUCCGGCCUAUUCAAGACCGGGAAUGCACACGGAGCGCAGGUACUAUAUUUGAGGGUCGCUGUUGGAUAGCUGUGCUCCAUACAAUCAUCACCAAUCCAGUCCUGUAAUCAAUUCCUGAAUGUUCUUGUGAGUUGCUGAAGCGUAGAUAGCCUUUUGUCAGCUCUGUUUCUUUCUUCUAUGGGCUUGCGAUGAUCCAUUUACUUGUGACCUUUAUCUUGUAAAGCUUUGUCUGAAGAAUAUUCUACUUCUGAUGGCCGAAUUCUGCA